AUGACAAUGGAAGAUGAUGAUAGAGGGAUUGAUGUGGUUACUCGUAGCGGAAAGGUAGCAAUAGAUGCCGAAAUUCCCAUCUUUUUGGGAACACCAUUCUUGACAACCAAGGGAGCAUUGGUGGAUGUUGAAAGCAGAGAACUGAAGUUCCGGGAGAACGAAUAUGAAGUAAAAUUGCUCAUUGAGGUGUUGAGAAAGCAUAUCAAAGCCAUAGGUUGGACUAUCGUUGACAUAGUGGGCAUUCCUCCUGUCAUUUGCACUCACAAAAUUCAGCUUGAUAGUGUUUGUAAACCGAGUGUUGAACAUCAGCGGAGAUUGAACCCACCAAUGCAAGAGGUGGUGAAAAAAGAAAUAAUAAAGUGGUUGGACGGAGCUAUGAUCUAUCCUAUUGCAGAUAGAAAAUGGGAAUGUAUAGUUCUUGGUCACAAAUUGUCGCAAAAGGGGAUGGAGAUUGAUAAAGCAAAUAUUGAAGUGAUUGAGAAAUUACCACCGCCAAUAUCAGAGAAGGGUGUUUGCAGUUUCUUGGGGUAUACUGGUACUAAAGUGGUUGUUCACACUGAUCAUGUUACACUGCAUUAUCUGAUGGAAAAGAAGGAUGCCAAGCCAAGAUUAAUGAGGUGGGUGCUACUAUUGCAAGAAUUCAACUUUGAAGUCAAAGAUAGGACAGGUUGUGAAAAUCAGGUGGCUGACCACUUAUCAAGAUUGGAAGGCAAGGAAAAUGAUGAGCUAGAGAUCGACAUAUAUGAUUCCUUUGCCGAUGAAUAG